GUUUUGGCGCCAACAUUCAGCAGCACGAUCGACUCGAUUAAAAAUCCAAAAAAAUUGAAAAUUAACAAUAGGUAUACGUUAUUUUACUCAUUCUGAAGCGUGCUCAAGUACUGGUAUGUCACUGGGGAGGCGAUCUGACAGAGUGCGUAAAAAAGUAGAUUAUGCCAAGUUUUGUCAAGAGGAAGAUAACAGCAGCAACAAUAGUGAUGAUGAUUUCCAAGAUGAAGCAGGACUGCCAUCAGCAAAAAAAACAAAAUCAAAAGUCAAGCCAAAUGUUAAAUCAAAACGAGAAGAGACAAAGGGUGAAGAAUCAGGAAGUUUAAAAAGGAAAGAAAGGUUGUCAAGAGACGAAAAGCUUUACCAGAAAGAAUUAGAGGCUGCACUUAAAGCUUCCAUAGAAGACUCUCAGCAAUCAUCUGGUCAUAGCACUGCGAAUGAUAACCAAGAAGAAUUUUCAGAUAAUGAAAUAGAAGUUGCCUCAUCCAGAUCAAAAAAGCCCAGGCUACUCCCUCCUUUGGAGAUAGAAGACAACGACAAAGAGAACAAUGGCAGUGGCUCACACACCAAUACAAAGAAAAAAGUUCAAGAUAUUGAAGGAGAGGAAAGAAGCAAUGAUGACAGCAAAAAGCAACAAAGCAGAAAGACAUCAGAUGUCAAGAAAGAGGUUUUAAACCAAGAACAAGAAGAUGAUGGUCUUGAUAGUGAUUUUGAACACAGUGAAGAGUUGAGCAAUGAGGAAAGUGUUAGUGAGUGUGAUGAUAGUGAUUUUGACGAGGAAACAGAACUGAAGAAAACAAAGAAAGGUAAAGGGCAAGGGAGGUCAGCAGCAAGUUCACCAGCCAAACCAAGUAUCAAACCAAGAACAAGUGUGACAGUUACACCCAUCAAGAUGCUAAGGGGCAAAGGUAAAGGAAAGAUGUCAUCUGCAAACAGCAGCCACUCAGUGUCAAGUUCUGCAUCAAACUCACCAUCAAUUGUGACCACUACAAAACAUCAACCUUUAAAGCAAGUGAAGGUGCACUCUACCUUACUCAACAAAAACAGUCCAGGAAUGCAAACUGUAAAUCUUGGUGGAGUGAAAAUCAACCACACUGGCCCCCCAAUACGUCUUGGACUUUCAAGAAAUGUGCGAGUCAAACCACUUCAUUCACACCUGUCUGUUCAACAGUGAGCUGAACAUGGCCUCAACAUGUGCACUUGUCAUUUCAGAGGAAUGGUAAAACCUUGCAGCAAAAGGGAACAAUGAGAGCAAAAUUGCAAAUUGACCUGUCCUGGAAUUUUCCUCAAUAUCAUUACAUUGUGAGGUCCUUCAGAUCACUUGUAAGGAUGCAGAAUUCCACUGUAAAGAGGACUUGCGAAGAAAUGCAAGGUACUAUAAUAAGUGGCUCUGGGAAAAUUGAUAUAGUUAAAGUUAAAGUGCAAGAAAUACAGUACCCUUUUACAAAUAUCUAUUAGGUUUAUUUUAAUAAAACUUUUUUAAAAGAUGCAAGACAUAUAAGGCCAAAUUUCAGUUCUAAAAGGAGUUGUAGCAAAGCAGCUAGGUUCCAUGUACUAGUCUUCCAGAAAAUUAUUAUGUGUAUGUGGUUACAUUUAAUUUAUUGCUAUUACAACACUUUCUAAUACCUGUACAGUUCCUAGCUUUGAGAAAGUUCACCGAAGAUCAGUAAACUGUAUUUUACUCUUAGAUCAAAUUAAAGUAUUAACAUGUGA